UGCGGUUUCUUUUUAUUUGUUACGUUACUUGGUUGCAUUGAAACGGAGACGGCUAGUGGGUCUGCAGUGUUUAGAGGCUAUUAUAAACAUUAUAACAUAUUUGUUCUACAUCAGUCGUGUGGAGGCAAUUUUGUUAUUAUCCGGACCACAUGUUGACAAGAUUGAGUCGCAAGCAGUCGGAGCUUGGUUUGGGUAGUCGUGCAAACGCCAAGACGAUCAUAGCUACCCUUCUACAUAGAGACUAUGUGGGGUGCCCCAUAGUGCCUGGACUAAGGGAAGAUAAGCGAAGGGAUAUUCGAAUCAACCUGCCCGGUUAACGUUAGCUAGCUAUUUGUUUACAUUCAACUGGUUCCAUUUCUCGCUUGAAUCACCGAAAUACUAGCUAGCUGCAAGCCGCAACGUCAUUACCAGCAGUGUUUUGAGGAUGAACCACCUGUCCCUGAGUGAGCUAUGCUGCCUGUUCUGUUGCCCUCCGUGCCCCAGCAAGAUUGCCUCCAAGCUGGCCUUCCUGCCCCCGGAGCCCACCUACACCCUCAUGUGUGACGAGAGCGGAAGCCGCUGGACCCUGCACCUGUCCGAGCGCGCCGACUGGCAGUACUCGGCCCGCGAGAAGGACGCCAUCGAGUGCUUCAUGACGCGCACGGCGCGCGGCAACCGCAUCGCCUGCAUGUUUGUGCGAUGCUCGCCCAGCGCCCGCUACACGCUCCUCUUCUCGCACGGCAACGCGGUGGACCUGGGCCAGAUGAGCAGCUUCUACAUCGGCCUCGGCUCUCGCAUCAACUGCAACGUGUUCUCCUACGACUACUCGGGCUACGGGGCCAGCUCCGGGAAGCCCUCGGAGAAGAACCUGUACGCCGACGUGGACGCCGCCUGGCAGGCCCUCAGGACACGGUACGGUAUUAGGCCUGAGACGGUGAUUGUGUACGGUCAGAGUAUCGGUACCGUCCCUUCCGUGGACCUGGCGGCACGCUACGAGAGCGCUGCCGUCGUCUUGCACUCCCCCCUCACCUCUGGCAUGAGAGUGGCCUUCCCAGACACCAAGAAGACCUACUGCUUUGACGCCUUCCCCAACAUUGACAAGAUCUCCAAAGUGACUUCCCCAGUACUGGUGAUCCACGGAACAGAGGAUGAGGUGAUCGACUUCUCCCAUGGCCUGGCACUAUACGAGCGCUGCCAGAGGCCAGUGGAGCCUUUGUGGGUGGAGGGUGCCGGCCACAAUGAUGUGGAGCUGUACGGACAGUACCUGGAGCGCUUGAAACAGUUUGUGGCCCACGAGCUCGUCAACUUAUCAGCUUGACUUCACCUCACAGUCACCCACCUGCUCCAACUGUGAACUUCAGACUGUUGUUUUUUGUUUUUUUUAUGUCUAGUUUAAAACUGCACAGUAUGGUGACUUGUCUGUGAGAGUGAUGCGGAGGGAUAACUGAUCUGAUAUGCUGAGGAGUGUGCGCGUGUCAUUUUUGUUGAUGCCUUUCAGGAGGUUUGUCCAUUCGAAGGAGCUGUUAGCAUAUCUGAGAGGUUCCUGUGGAUCAGCCUUGUUGGAUGGAAUACUGGACCGACACUCAUCCUAGUCUGUCUUGACUCAGGAGCCAAGUCUGUUUCAUUGUGGUCAACAUGGAUAUUCAGUUGUGUAUUUGUUUAUUUUUAUAUGGUAUUCCAUUUGCAUGUAUCACGUGACUGAGAACUGUAUGAGACAAAACUCUGACAUUUUAAUAUAGAGCCAGUGUUGCCAAAAAAAAUGUUCAGCAUGCAACAAUAUUGUAAGAAAAACAUCCUUGAAACAUCUCCGGUUAUAUUCAACUUUUAAAUGUGUUUUUACUAUGUUAUGUUUCAUGUAUUCUUUCAUUAAAGCAACUUUGUAGUGGAACUGUGACAAUGCCAGGGUUGCAGUUUUUAUCCAUGGCAAAAAGGCAUACACCAAAAAAAACUGCUUUAUUAUAACCUGCAUUAUAUAUUUCAGAUAUUCUGGUUGGUAAAGGAUUUAAAUGUUACAGAUAUUCUAGUUGGUAAAGGAUUUAAAUGGGGUCUGGGGUCACAUUAGGGUCAUCCCUUCCCCCCCUAAGUAUUUUAAAUUCACUUUGUCUCCUUUCCACAACAUUAACACAUAUCACAAAUCUGCUAUUGUCCCAGCUCUACUACAAAGCCAUCAUUGUACUGUUUUUCAGACCACAAUGAAACGCUAGAUGGUUCAUAUUUAAAUAUAUAAUGUACGUGUAACUGUAAUAUUAAAGCUUAUUUACCAAUUUACAGGAAAUAAUAUUUCUAGAUUUCUUUUGUAUACAAACUGCCUGUACCUCUGGUAGUUGUUUUAAUACAUUGUUCAGUUAAAAAUGCAUUCUGGAACUUUUGGUUGUAAAAGUGGCACUAUCCAGCCAAAGAAAGUUCAGAAAAUUGCGAGUGUGCCCCAUGUCAUCCAAAUCGCUCGCUUUCAAACGUGUAUUUUCAUGGUUAACUGAGGUAUGAUGGUGAUUCUACAUAAACUGUGCACAUAUGUGUGCAAUAUUAUACAUCCAGCCAAAAAUGGGAGGGUUAAGAAAAGCUUAUUUUCGAUAGUCCUAGAUUGCAUCUGAAGGACCGAUUCCACUAAUGCCAUAAGGUGUUGAAAAAACGUCAUUGUGUGACUGGGAGAUGUUUGAAAGACCACUUGGUUUUACUGAUAAUGCAUCUGGACAUUUUUUUAAUUAUUUGCACAAUUAAAAAAAAAAAAAUACAGAAGCUUUUGUCUUAACCUUUAUCAGUAUCAGACUGACUGCAUGGUAUUUCAAAGCCUUUUUUUCUGGUAGAGAGACUUAUGCUGAACCAGGUUUAUAUUAAUAACACUAAGUCUAUAGAAUCUGAUAUUAUAGUGCUUAUUCAAGCCAUGAUAGGCUAAUGUUUUUUGUAUUUUUUUUGCAUUUAGGCUAGGUCUAGCCUGUGGAUGCUACCAAAAGCCUCAAGGUCUGAUUGGUACGUUCUUAAAAAACGACAUUUUAGGAUUGGUUGUUGCUGUUAAUAGAUUAAUCAAGAAUUGUUAGGAUUGGCUGUACCUGUUGUUAGGUACCGUGUCAUUUAACUGUCUGUGGUACUUAACUUCUGUACUGCUUUUAUUUCUGAUAAUGCUUUCACACUUUUACUUUGUAAAUAAUGUUUCCACUAGAUAUUUCUUUUACAAACCUAAUAUGUCUGUUGUUAUUCUUAAGUUAUUACCAAGUUAACUGUUAACAUUAGAAUUAGGCAUCCAUCUGUUGUGAAUUAUUCCGAUGACUGUUGAACUCAGUCUGGUCAUGCAGACCGAUGUCGUUUAUUGUUUUCUAAGAUAUGUUUCAUUAUUGAAGGAAAUUAUAAAAUAUGAUCUUGAUAAUAGUUCUAAUAAAAUGCUAUAGACAAUAAAAACUGUAUUUAA